ACUCAUUAGAAAUAUGAAAUACAAUCAAAUUCAAACUGAAGAAUUUCCAUCCAGAUCAAUUAAAAAGUGCAAUAUGAAACACACAGCCGAGAAACCAUUUGAUUGUGAAUUAGGAUUGAAAACAUGUCCAUCUGUGGAUUUAAAUAAACACAGAAAGCCACAAACAGGCAAGAGAGCUUUUCAAUGUGAGACAUGUAAAAAAUCAUUUUCACGAUUUGAAACUCUUAAAACUCACAUUAGGACACAUACUGGCAAGGAAGGGCCUUUUCAAUGUGAAAUAUGCAAGAAAUCAUUUUCACGAUCUGAUACUCUGAAAAUUCACGAAAGGACGCACACAGGCGAAAAACCUUUUCAAUGUGAGAUAUGCAAGAAGAGAUUUUCACAUUCUGGAAAUCUAAGUACGCACUAUAGGACACAUACAGGUGAGAAGCCUUUUCAAUGUAUGAUAUGUAAGAUGUCAUUUUCACAAUCUGGACAACUAAAUAGGCACACAAGGACACAUAAUGGCGAGAGGCCUUUUCAAUGCGAUAUAUGCAAGAAGACAUUUUCACUAUUACAACAUCUUAAAUAUCACACAAUGGCACACACGGGCGAGAAACAUUUUCAAUGUGAGAUAUGUAAGAAGACAUUUUCACUUUCUGGACAUCUUAAAACACACAAAAUGACACAUACUGGUGAGAGGCCUUUUCAAUGUGAUGUAUGCAAGAAAUCAUUUUCACGAUCUGAAAAUCUGAAAAUGCAUAAAAGAACGCACACAGGUGAGAAACCCUUUCAAUGUGACACGUGUAAGAAGACAUUUUCACAUUCUGGAAAUCUAAAUAAGCACAAUAGGACGCAUACAGGCGAAAAACCUUUUCAAUGUGAGACAUGUAAGAAGACAUUUUUACUUUGUGGAAAUUUAAAUAAGCACAAAAUGACACAUACUGGUCAGAGGCCUUUUCAAUGUGAUGUAUGCAAGAAGAUAUUUUCACAACCUGUAAAUCUAAAUAUGCACAAAACAACACAUACUGGUGAGAGGCCUUUUCAAUGUGAGAUAUGUAAGAAGAAAUUUUCGAAAUCUGGAGAUCUAAAUAGGCACAAAAUAACACACACUGGUGAGAGGCCUUUUCAAUGUGAUGUUUGCAAGAAGACAUUUUCAAAAUCUGUAGAUCUAAAUAGGCACAAAAUGACACAUACUGGUGAGAAACCUUUUCAAUGCGAGAUAUGCAAGAUGCCAUUUUCACAACUAACACAUCUUAAAACACACAAAAUGACACAUACUGGUGAGAAACCUUUUCAAUGUGAUGUAUGUAAGAAGAUAUUUUCACAACCUGUAAAUCUAAAUAUGCACAAAAUGACACAUACUGGUUAG